CCAUUGCCAAGAACGUCACUGCGCAUACGUGAAGUCCGUCAGAAUGAGAGGCACCGAGGCACGCAGUGAAGGCAGUUGUGUACGAUUUAACGAGCAAACGAGAGAUGAGUGUAGCAGCGAGAGCCGGACGGAGGGAGGACGCCACUGACCCAGCGCCCUCAGCGCCCUCAGCGCCAGGGUUUCACUUCACCUUCAGCAACACGAUCGCGACGUCGGCGCGUUUGCAACAGUAGGAGGCAAAUCACCAAAUAAACAUCUACAACAACAGAGAAAAAAACAGCACCACUUCAUUGUUUGACCACGCACGAGGAGUUCAGGAGCCGACAUGGAACACUGCAGCCAAUUGCUGAUCAGGUGUGACCUCAGACGGCAGAUCAUUUCCAUGGCGCUUCUGCUAACGAUCCCCUUGCUUCUUGCUUUCGUCCAGCCAAGUGCAAGCCAAGUAUAUGUAAACUCAUCCUUGUAUGAUGGCAACACCAGAACGCCUGCUCCAGAGAGCUUAGGGCCUUCUUAUUCCAUAGACUGGACAGAAGUUCCUGACCAUAUACUGGGUUCAGACAACGUAACAGACACAAAUGCUUCUGUUGGAACCGAUGAGCAAGGAGACACUAUACUCAAUGGGCAACCUAAGGCUAUAAAUAAUACAGUGGAGGAGACACCAACAAAGCCUUCAAAAAUAUACAUGAAAGUUGACCUUACAGCACAUUCCCUAUCACCAAAAAACAGAACUGAAGUUGAACCCAGCCCGACUCAAAAUUCCCCAGUUACUACAAUACCCACUCAAAAGAUCAGAGGCUUUUCUGAAAAGGAAACAACCACAUUUAUACACAUCAAACUAGAUUCUGGCAGAACUACAACAGUAGAAGCAAAGAAAAUGCCCAAAAAAGAAAUUACCGACACCAAUAAGGAAGAUUUGUCAGUGUCAGCAGUAUUACUCCCCACUGUAGAGGGCUUAGUAAAUUCAAUCACUGACUCUGAUACUGGCCAAGCCCAGGCGCUGCAUACCUUUGCAACAACUGUGUCCAGCACUAUAAAGCCUACUGUUGGCUUAGUGUAUCAGGGCAAAGCCUCCACUAAUACACUGGCCAACAAGAAACCAACAACAUCUGUAUAUUUGCCAGUGGUUGCUAAUACGAUGAGCACGACCGGGGUUGAUCUGGGGGCUGAGCAAGGCAGUACCACUGCAACAGGAUAUCCGUCAAAAGAAAGUCCAUCACCUUCACCAUCACAUAAUGGAUCCACUACCUUAUUAUAUACCAACAUGACCGAUCUCCAUCUGAGGAUACCAUCACAGAGAGAAACCCUAGCCAGUCUGACUACACCACAGCCCAAAAGCACAACACAGCUAGCAAGCACAAGAACGACAACCAAUCAGAAGUCUCAAGGAGCAGGCUCUACCACAAGCAGUCAACAAAAAACAGAGAUGAAACCUUCACAAAGCACAACCAAACUACAAAGCACAGCAGGUACAACCACUUCUCAAAGCACAACUCUUUCCCUCCCCAUUGGACGUGGACAUUUGCUACCAAUGGACGAUGAGGCAAGACCUGAAGAAAAAGAGCAUUCUCCAUCCGUGGGGAGUAUCCCAUCAGUUAAACCCGGACCCACUCGUCCUGCAAAUUCCUGUGCCAAUAGUUCGGGCCUCUGUUCUUCUUCUGAACCCCCAGACACACUCAGUGAAAUUGUCACCUCAAAUCGGACCAUGUUGGUGUGGGCUGACCUGAGCCGCACUCUGUCAUUUGCCUGGGAGCUGCACGUAUUUGGCUGUGCUGCCCUCUUUCUGCUUCUCACCGCUGGGGCCGCUUUGGGUUUAGCCCUUGCUCCCAGCAUGCACUGCCCUCACCGUGGGGCUCUAGCACUAGCUAACGGCCUCCUGCUUCUCACAGGUGUAGUCCGAACCAUUUACUUCCUGGUUGAUCCCUAUGGUUCUCGCCUGCUCCUGCCAUUAUCAGUCAUCACAGCCCUAUACACGUUACCAUUGCCUCUGUUAAUAUGGGUACAUUGUGCAAUGGUGGUAUUAAUACUAAAAGGAGCUGAGGUAGUUUUGCUGCCUCCACCUCUACAGCACCCACCUCUUCUAGCUGUAAUGGCCAUUUUCCAAUGUACUUUACUGCUAGCUGCUGAUCUGCUGUCACCUGCACUGUCGCCUGCUGUACCUGUUGUCUUGCAGAGUCUUACCUUGUUUUCUGGGUUGGUACUGUGCCUGGGUUACAUAUUCUUAGUACUACCUUGGUUGUCCAAUGUCCAGGUCGGCCACAGUAGAGAUAAAGGGCUCAGUAGGUCAAAGAUGAGGGUGCUGAUACGUGUGCUAGCAGGGGGUGCGCUUCUCGGUGCACUGUGCUGUCUGUUGCAUGCUUACACCUGCUUUUGGCUGUAUGGACUGCUUGGGGACUGGCGACACUUUCGCUGGUCUUGGUGGCUGGUUCAGUUUUGGGCACGGCUGCUUGAACUUACAUGGGCAUUCUGUCUGUUGCUGCUGAGUUCUUGGGUUUUCUGGAGACGUCGAGGGGGCCAGACAGGGCGAGCUCCAGGACAGGGUGCUGCAGUUGACCUCACCUCACCAUGCUCAUCCUCCAAUUCUUCAGAAACACACACUUGCUGGGCAAAGAUUGUGCAGAGCCUAAAGGGAAGGCCAUGUAGGAAAUCUGACAGCAAUGGGGUAGGAGGUGCCAGUGGUGGUGGGGUGUCAGGGGAGCUGCCUAAUAACUGGGCAGGGCAGGAACGCUCAGGCGCAGACAUCAGCAAAAGCCUUAUAAGAAAUCGUGACCCCCCCAAAGAAAGUAAUCGUGGACGCAACCAGAGAAGCAUUGAAGGCUCAUCUGGGUCACUGCUAAGGUUGCAGGCACUCAGUCGACCACACCAAUGCUCACUGAGCAGCAGUCUGGACCGGGAUAAAGAGUCUGCGAUCUCACUUUAUGACUUUGACUUGCGUCCUCCAUCUCCAAUUGACCUGACCCGCAGUAUUGAUGAGGCAUUGCACCGUGAGCAUCUGCUAAGGGGUGGCAGUCUGUUCCAUCCUCUGGGACCCCCAUCACCACCUCCAUCUCCUGAGUCUUGGAUGCGCAGGAACAGCGAUCCUCAAAUUAUGCUCUCGGAAAGCAGCGAUGAGCAUACUAUGCUGACUGAGUCAUCCACUGGCUUAAACCGCUCCAUUCCCAGCGCUGUCCCAAGCCGGCAGGUAACAGCUCCUCCUACACCCACACAUCAAGGACCACGCUGGACCUCUCAAGCUCCUGUGCCUUCAUCCAUUUCUUGUCCCAUUUCCUUGCACCCUUCCCCCAGUAUGGGUCGAGCCCCUAGUCCAGGCACAGACGAUACCAGACCAUUUUUUACUCCUGACCUAGAUAAGGUGGGGGCAGACAAUGCAGAGGAGCGAAGCUACCUGAGAGUAAGUCGGCACGAUGACUCGGCGAGCGUCACCAGUGACAUUAUCGAUCUUUAAACUGUUUUAAUUGGUCAAAGACCAAUGACUUAGGUAAUAACCAACCGACAGUACCUGAAAGACAAUAAGGACUAACUACAGAUUAGUGUGACCUAGAUUAAAAACAGAAAUAUCAAAUCGGACUUCAUUUAGAACACAUUAGGUUUGCAUGCAGUAUGAACUGUUUUUAUUUUAAUUUUAUUCUGAAGGUGUUUAUUCAUGCCAUUUGUUAGGCUCACCUAUGUAUAUAUUUAAGGUUGAAGAGCAAAAUGAAACAACAAACUGUGUUUAAAAAAUGAUAACAGCUAAUAUUUCCUGAAAUUCAUCAUAGUCAAUUUCUGGAUCUGUAUUAUUUUUUAUUAUUUAUACAUAGGCUGAGAGUAUUAGCUUAAUAUGACUGAACAAUUUUCAAAACAUUCAUUUGCAAACAUGUUUGUUUUGUAUACUGAAGUUCAGAGACUUAAGUUGCAUUCUGAAGGUGACUGAGAGACUGUGUUGAGAUUAGAAAUUGUCCCUGUAAAACUAAUUUUUUUUUUUGUUCCUGAUGUUCCAAUUUAAUUUACAUGAAAGUAACAUUACGGUACGUUUGUUUUUCAAAUGCCACUUUUAAAAAAAUGUUAUAGAAAGUUAUUUUACUAAGAUUGUUUGUGAAUGAUUUUUAUAUUUUUUUUUUAAAUUGAUCUGACUGAUAUGCUGUAUCCAGGCACUUAUGUCUUUUAUAUAAAUAUAAGUGUAAGAGAUUUGUUAUGACAUUAGAGGUCAUGUUUAUGUUUAUGAAAAAAAAAGGCAUUGACUGAGGGUAAAGUGUUAUGACAUAGAACACAGUAAAAACUAGCAUGACCACUUGUAUUGUAAGAGCAGACAUUCCAGUCUUAAUGCAAGACUCAUGCAACAGGUCUUAAUUAGCAUUUCAAAUCAUUAGUAUUGUAAAUAAUUGUUUUUAAACAAAUGUUGCAUUAAUUGCAAAAUUGCAUUGCUGCAUUUUGGUUGCUCUUUCUUUCUGCACAAAGUAUAAUUCAGCAUGAGUAUCAACAAAUUAUAUAUUUUUUUUUUGCUAAAUCCACAUACUAAAGAGAGUUGUGAUUUUAAUAGCCAAAUGCAAAUUUUAAAUUGGGAUCGUGAAACAUUAAGUAGAGAAUUGAGAGGAAUAUAUAUAUUUUUGCACUGUUCCUGACUGUGAUCCUUAUAUUUGGCAUGAUGAGUGCAAGAUGAUUUUUAAGGUUAAAAUUAUUUCAGACUUGCACUAUAAGCCAAAACAUACGCAAGCAAAAAGAUUACCGAAGACGUAAAUCUUUAAUUUAAGGCUGUGAGCUGCAUUAGAAAAAACAUUAAACAUUUUAAAAUUCAGUCGAUUUGUGACAUUUAUACCAUAUAUGUUCUUCUUUUAAAGUAUAACGUAUAAUGACAGCCCCUUACAUUGACCAGUGUGUGUUCAUUUACAAAAAUUACAUCUAUUUACUUUUGUUAUCAUUUUUUUUUUUUCAGAUCAGAAUAGAAUAAGCUUUCAACAGUAUGAUGUUUCAUAGCAUUUUGAUUUUAACUGCAACCGAAACAACUUAAGGCAAAUAAGAUUCAUAAUUAUAAUAUUAAUAUUAAUAAAAAUAUAAUAAUAAAAUAAUAAUAAAAUGUAAUGUUGAGUCAUUUGCCAUGUUUAUAAUAAAUGUCACUAUCUCUUCUAAAAAAAAAUGAUUAAAAUUUUAUUUUAUGUACAAUUUCAUAUCCAAUCGGGCAGUUCGUGUCUCACACAACAAUUCUGAAGUUCUGUGUAAAAUAAACGGAAAAUGUAAAUACUGCUAUUUUUGUGGUUUGUAAAUAAGAAUAUGUCAUGUUCCAAAUAACAUGAAAUAUAUUUACUGUGAAUGACAAUCCUGAAUAGGGCAACUGUAUUUCCAGGCAAAAUAGAAAGACUGACAUUAAAGAGACUCUUAUUUUUUUAGAUACGUAAAAGUGUAUCAUUAAGAAUCCUAGUGAUUUUUGAACUUAAACAUUUUGUUUGUGUGUUUGUUUUGUAAGAAAAAGAAACAAGAGGGGGUUAUUAUAUAUCCCAAAACAUAAUGCUAAAUAAAGAGGUAAAAAAAAAAAAGAUAUAUGAUACCGUCUUGCACUUAAGCUUUUUUCUCUUGUAUUUAAGUAUCUUCCCAGACAAUGUUAACAUUUUUCCUAUUCUCUUAAGUAGGACACGGGAAGGAUCGCAACUGUGAAAAUGCACUGACCAGCUUGAGUUUCCACAUCCUGGUCAAUAUGCGAUUGUGUAACUGAAUGUACCUGCUUAAAUAACUGUUUUAUUUGUGCUGUCAUAUGAACCAAUGAAGUGCCAUAACAAUGUUUCCCCCAUCCCACUCAUACUGGGUUGGCUUUUCGUCUCUUAUUGAUAGCAUUGUCGUUGUUAUUUGUAUUUUAUGAAUUAGGGAAUUAGGUGCCCUAGUGCAGUAUACAUGUAUUUUUGUGCCAGCAUGCAUACAAAUCUGAGUUCAUCAUUUUCUUUAAAAACUGAAACAACUCUCUUAUUUUGCUUUAGCUAUGUCUUUUUUUUUGCUGAUGCCUGUAUGGUUUUGAUUAAAACUGAUGACAAACUU